GCACAGACUCUGUUCCCUCAUGCAUUAAAUCUCUCAUCCAGGUUCCUCUUUCACUCCGUUCUUUUUUCUUUUCCUUUUCUUCCUCCUCCCGUGUUUCCAAUCCAUUUGAUCCCGCUUUCCCGUGGUUGGGGAGAAAAGAGCGCAAACCUUCCCAAACCUUUUCGCCUCUUCCACCCUUCACCCCUUCCUUUUUCCACCGCCUAUCCUCCCUCUCCUUCCUUUCGCUAUUGUAUCCCGCAACCAUUGUCACCCCGUCAACCAGCACAAUGAUCCCCUCAGUCUCAUUGCUCCCCGUACUCUCGUUGCUCUUGCAGUCCAUCAACGCGGCUCCCCAUGACACCGACAAGCUUGUGCGUCGUUCGGAUGAUGCAUCGACCACCCCAACGCCAACCGCGUGGGUAAGCGUCUUCGGCGAUGGAUCUGUCACCACUGUGACGCCGAGUGUUAAGACCGAUAGCUCAGGUAACCCAACCGAAACGAUCGACGCGAAGCCAUCCGAGACAGCCUCUAGCGACGGUGAUCAAAGCGAUAAUGUUGUUGCACGCUGUGAUAGCUCGAAAUACGAAUUGGGGAAGACCGGGAAUGUCCAACCAUGGGUUCCAUUCUGUGCACCGCACAACGGAACUGAAUGGUGGGUUGACGGUAACUACUAUGUUACAUGGAACCCGAAACACUGGACGAGAAAUUCAACUGUUAAAAUCAUCUUGAACUACGCCAAUCCCGGUCGCGGCGGCAAGGUCGCCAAAUUGUGGGAAACCGCCAACUCCUUCGGCCUCAUCAACAUUGAACCCUCCAAGGAUUGGCUUGUGAACCGAACAGCUUUCGAUGACGGUAACAAAAGGACUGUCGAAAACCAAACAAUGUACUUCACAAUUGCCGACGACUCCCCAAGCGGCACACAACCCAAUGUUGAAACCGGCCCCACCAUCAUCCUAACCUCCCGCCCGAGCCCCGCACCUAUAGAUAAAUCCCCCAGCAACCGACCUCCCGUCUCUAUCCUCGGUCUGGCGGUUGGCCUCCCGGUCGUCUUUGUGUUUGUCGUCGGAACAAUCCUCUCCCUGCACUUCUGCAUGAAGAGCAAGCGUACGGUUGGACCUAUCUCCAUUGGCGGCGGUCGCAGACACUUCUCCAAGAGGGGAUACUCCGGUCGUGCGGUACGCAGGCAGAAGGCCGCAGUCGCGGUGCGCUCUGGGGAUUAUAGAGAUGAACCCGGAGAAGAGAUCGCACCGGCUGGAGGUAUCCCGCCGAAGAGGGACGAGUGGGAGUUGACGAGCGUGCAAGGUGGACGGUAAAGCGCUUUAUAUAGUUUUCGGACGAAGAUGAGUAUGUGGAACGAAAGUGUACGAUUAAUAUGGGAAUGAGUUAUUGUUCUCCUUUUUCCUCUCCUCCUUCCUUUCCCAUUUCCUUUACAGUUGCCCUUUAGCCCCCUUUACGCGCGUGGAAUGCCUACCAUACCGAGCACUCUUGAGAUGAACGGAUGGCUGGAUGGAGGGACGAAAGACCAACCAACUAACUAAUCAACUCAUGCCCCCACACCCUAUCUAAAUGGAAGACAUGUUUUUGAUGAUUUCGUGAAUAUGUAAUAGGCAAUUGUACAUUCUAUUCAUAGCUUCC